AUGGAAAUAUCUCAAUCUUCAAUAAGUAUAUUUUUCGUUAGUAAGUUAUUGGCUUUGGCUCCCUAUUCGGUGCGUAAAACUUCGAAAGGUGUUUAUGUUAUACAGAGAAGUAUUCCGUUUAUAUUUUAUGCCGCCGCUUUAUCAUCAAUAAUGGUAUGUCUUACAUAUCGAGGCCUAUUAUUCGAUGCUACUUCAAAAAUACCCGUAAGAGCAUCUUUUAGAAUGAAAUCGGCCACUUCAAAAGUGGUAACCGCUUUGGAUGUAUCGGUGGUAGUAAUGGCAAUAGUGGCUGGUGUUAUAUGUGGAAUCGUAGGCUUGAAUGCUACAAAAGAUUUAAAUGCACGAUUGAAAAAGGUGGAUGACUCUUUAGGCUCUAUAACAAAUCUAAAAAUGGAACGUUUAAAAUCGUUUUUAAUGUUGUUAAUACCCAUGAUCACUAUAAGUAUAUUAUUGGCUUUGGAUGUAUGGACCUGGUUAAGAUUUGUAGAAAAUAUGGAUUCAGGCGUAGAAAACGCUGAUUUAAAUGUCCAGUGGUAUAUACCAUUCUAUAGUCUAUAUUUUAUAUUAACGGGUUUACAUAUAAAUUUUGCCAAUACUUCACUUGGUUUGGCCCGACGUUUUGAGGCCCUGAAUAUCAUGUUAAGAAAUUCGUAUUUACCAGGUAUUGAAACUUUAAAAACGCAAUAUCUAAAAGCUAUAAAUAUAUUUUCUAACAUUAAAGCAGAUCGCCAAAAAGUUUUACAAAACCAGGAAAAGGUCAAGAUUACAACCGUUAAGACAACAACUUUAAAUACGCCCAAUUUGCAAAAUAAAACGAUUUUAUUAAAACUUUUAGCGGAAUGUCAUGAAACUUUAGUGAAAUGUGUCAAUAUAGUAGCAAGGUAAAAGGUUAAUCUCUAAACAUUCACGAUUUUCAAAACAAUUUCCUAAAAUUUCAGCGCCUAUGGUAUGGCAGUUUUAUUCAUUCUUAUCUCCUGUUUUCUACAUCUAGUAGCCACCUCAUAUUUUCUAUUUAUUGAACUUUUAAGUAAAAAGGACAAUGGUUAUGUGUGGCUACAAGUUCUAUGGAUAUUAUUUCAUUCAUGUCGUUUGCUAAUGGUAGUGGAACCGUGUCAUCGAUUAACACGUGAAUCUACUAAAACUAUACACAUAGUAUGUGAAAUAGAACGUAUAGUACAUGAUCCUAUAUUGGCUGAAGAGGUUAAAAAGUUUUGGCAACAAUUGCUGGUCCUUGAUGGUGGUUUUUCAGCCUGUGGUUUAUGUCAAGUUAAUCGCCAGCUUUUAACUUCGUUGGCUUCAGCUAUUGCUACGUACUUGGUAAUCUUAAUACAAUUUCAAAGAAGUAAUGGUUAA